ACUGUUAUCAAGUGUUAUAUCAACAAGCCUGAGCUUGUAAGCGAUCUUAUACCCCAGCGUCGGACGACCCCAACGGACCUACACAGAGUACUAGUAACUUGCAGGGGGCGUCGGGGUGCAGGUCGGAGAUAUAAACAACGUCGUGUCAGAUAUAGAUCGCAACGCAUGGAGGGACAAGGUCAACUUAGUCCGGGCAACCCUUCCGAUAUGUUGAAGACCGUCAAUUCUUACACGGUGUUACUUAAUUUGGCCGCGACAGUGUUUGUGACGAUUUCCGGGACCCGCUAAUAAUGCAACGCAGGUGUUUCUUCAAGGCGUCAACGAGCUGAGAGAGAGAUUUACCACUCUUGGGUGAGUCAUCAACACGCAAACAUAUCGGCGACACAAAUCUUUCCAAGAAUGAUAUCAUACCUGCGGUAUCCAGUUACGCCGUGGUACACAGUUCCCUAGCUCUUCAACGUAUUCUCAGUUGCCGAUAAAAACGUGAAAUCGACCUGCGAUUAAGUGAAGGAGGAAAAAAAAACAGACGCUACACGACUCACUGAGCAGCAAAACUGUCCCCGCGUCGAACACAGCAAGCAUUCAUCAGAGGCAAUGGACCUGUCAACUCAAGCCAAAGCAACAUCGACGGGUAGGCCCAUAUUUGGCACUUUGGCAACAAGACCGCAUCUGUAAUGAGCCCUUUCACCCAGGUGUGUCAGCACGCCUUUGCGUUGUAUCCAGGCCGACUGUUGUAAACCAAUCAACCAACCGUAAAGGUCAACACCCUGCGUCUAUUCAAGGUACGCUACCUGGAUUUUUCAGGUAAACAAGACCUGCAUACAAGGACUGUCACCACGGCACUGUUGACUUUGCGUUACUGAGUUCUUGCGGCUUUAUGAGCCUUGCCCAGAAAAAUGUCCUGAACAAAGACGUAGAAACACGUCACGAACGUUGCCAUGUCAACAGAUUGGAUCUUUAUAGGCAGAAUAGCUUUGCGUUGAUCUGCGGAACUGUAACUGGAGAUAACAACAUUACACUGGGACAUUGCUGGAGGCUAGACGGAGACACCUUGUUUUUUUGUGUGCACAGGUAGGGGAGGGUGGCGGAGUCUUUCAAAUUCACCGUUGGAUCCGAGAACUCCGACCUCGCAUUCGACAAGGGUAUCUAAAUAAGCAGUCAAACAAUCACAACGAUGGACAAGCGACAACCGCUACGUGAACGCACUGAGUCUGACUGUAGCACGAACGAAGAUGGCAACUCUACAACAACAGAGCAAGGCCCCGUCACAAAAUUCUUCAAACGGCUCUUCUUCCCAUACCUACCGUACCGUUACACCAACGACACAAGCCUGGGCUCCGGACUUGUGGCUCUCUCUGCGAACAUAGAGUUUGCCAUACUCCUGGUGCUUGUUGCCGACUUUUUAGCGAAACUGUGUGUAAGAGUGUACGUGGGGACUGGGGACUGGUAUGAGGCCCUGCACUGGCCCACGUCCCUGCUACUGGUCAUUCCCAUGCUGGUGACAUUCAAAAUAUCCAGCACUAUAUUGAGGAUCUGUGAGCUAGCCUUCGACAAUAAGCAGUUAGAAACAGAAUCCGCUCAAGGUUGGCGAGAGCAAGCUAAGGCUGUCACUGAAGAAGCCGAGCGGCUGUGCAGGAACAUAAGAUCAAUCAAACAAGUAGCCCUCACCUCCCAGGUGGUGGUGAUGGCGAUGUCGCUGCGGAUGGAGUGGGACGACAUCUUUGUGGAGGAGGAGCUAACCGUGGAGCGAGGACUGUUCGUGCUCGGAGUUACCGACUUCGUGCUGAAGUUCGUGAUGUACUGCAAGUAUUGGGCCGUGUUUGACUUCACGCGGCUGUACCGCCGCUUUAAUAUUUGAUACUUCAAUGCAAAGUAUUAAGAAAUCCAAUCUAUGCUAUCUGAAAUGUCUUUCAUAGUAUCCAUUUUUUUUCAUUGAACAGCAGUGUUUGCAUGCAAAAUACUUGUAGGAAUGAACACCAUAUAUUGUGAUGUACUGCAAGUACUGGGCUGUGUUUGAUUUCAAGCGUCUGUACCGCCGCUUUAAUAUUUGAAACUUUCAUCAUCAUCAGGUCGGGCGAGUUGCCCGGACCAAGUCCAGGCUCUUUCUCUCCAUGCCGCUCUGUCCGCCAUUAACUGCCCCAGGUGUUCGGCCCUCACCCCAGCAUCUUCAGCAAGUUGGUCAAUGAAGGUACGAUGGG